GACUGCACCAAGUAGUGUCGGGUCCACCUCCUCUCAUCCAUCCAUCUUCUCCGAAACCUUACAAAAACCUAACCAAAACCCCACAAUUUUCCAGUAAACGAAAAGCGCGCGAAACUCCAUUGACGACAAUGCCAGAGCUUCCAGAGGUAGAAGCCGCUCGAAGAGCAAUCGCAGACCAUUGUAUCGGCAGGAAGAUCAAGAGAUCGGUAAUCUCAGACGAUACCAAGGUCAUCGAUGCCGUGUUGCCUUCGGAUUUCGAAGCCUCUCUCCUCGGCAAGACCAUUGUCGCCGCUCACCGGAAGGGCAAGAACAUGUGGCUCGAGCUCGAUUCCCCACCUUUUCCUUCUUUCCAGUUCGGAAUGGCGGGCGCUAUAUACAUCAAAGGAGUUGCAGUUACAAAAUAUAAGAGGUCUGCCGUAAGUGACACUGAUGAGUGGCCUUCCAAGUAUUCCAAAUUGUUUAUUGAACUAGAUGAUGGUUUGGAGUUUUCAUUCACUGAUAAGAGGCGAUUUGCAAGAGUUCGCUUGCUCAAAGAUCCAGCUUCUGUGCCCCCGAUAUCUGAUCUAGGUCCAGAUGCAUUAUUAGAGCCUAUGACAAUAGAUGAGUUGGUUAACUCCUUGAGCAAGAAGAAGAUUGGAAUUAAGGCUCUUUUACUUGAUCAGGGUUAUAUCUCAGGUAUUGGCAAUUGGAUUGCAGAUGAAGUGCUGUACCAAGCGAGAAUUCAUCCUCUGCAUGUCGCUGCCAGCUUGUCCAGAGAAAACUGUGAAGCAUUGCACAAGUGCAUUAAGGAGGUCAUUGAAAAGGCUGUUGGAGUUGAAGCAGAUAGUAGUCAGUUCCCUAGUAGUUGGAUUUUCCAUUCACGUGAAAAAAAGGCUGGCAAGGCUUUUGUUGAUGGGAAGAAGAUUGAUUUUAUCACUGCUGGAGGCAGGACGACAGCAUAUGUACCGGAGUUACAAAAGCUACCUGGAACUCAGGCAGCAAUUGGACCUAGUAAACCACAAAGGCAAGCCUUUAAGAAAGGCAAAGACAAGAAUGGUGAAAAAGAUGUUGACAAAAGUGGGGAAGAGGAAAAUGCUAAGAGUGCAAAAUCAAAGGGAAAAAAGAACACAACUAGCCGUGGACAUAAAGAAUCACCGGUGAAACGAAAGUUUAAUGGUAGCAACACAGAUGAUGAUGACAAUGACAUCAGUGAUGAUGACGAUGAUGAUGAAGGAGAUGUGAAGAAAAACAGAGCAAGUAAGAAGCCUCCUGCGAAAAGGAAGUCCAAGGGAAGUGGCAACGACAAUAACAACAAAAAUGGAGAUCAGAAGAAGGAAGCUAGAGGACGUAAGAAACCUCCUGCAAAAAAGAAGCCCGAGGAAAGUGAUGGUGAUCAUGAUAAUAGUGGUGAUGAUUAUCAUGGCGACGAAGGUGGGGAUCGCAAGGAAACAGGAAAGGUAAUGAAGAACAAACAGACCAAGGCGGAGAAGUCAUCCAAGAGAAAAAUAAGAAACUAGUCAAAUUAACGUGAGCAGUUGUGCAUGGUCCAUUCCAUAUUUUGGAAGAAUGGAACGGAAAAUUACUCGUAAUUAUUGUCAGUAGUUCAGUGUUUUGUGGUGCAUAUCAACACUAAGAUGAAUGCUUUUCUUGUAUUUGGCUGCCUUUGCCCUUGUGUGGAUGACCGGUAAUUUUGUCAGCAAGCAAACUUUGAUACCAGCAAAAUUGAACCAGCCAAAUGCGAAGUUGUAUAUAUUAAUCUGCAACAAACGAUGAUGAUAUAAUGAGUUCCUGUACUAAGUGAUACAUGGAUAGCUCUUGUCUA